UCACAGAUCCAGCCCAGCAGCGUGAAUUCAGUGUGUGUGUGCUGCAGGCUGUAAUGAGGAAACAUCAUGCUUCAUUGCACUUUCUGUCCUUACCAAAGAUCCUGACUUUUUACCUGGCCACUAAGGAAAUGUCGUAGGGCAUCAAUCACAUCAUCACGGGAAAGACACCGCUGUACAGUGCCAUAAAUCCAUUCUUUGGAAGGAAAAAUAAAGUUUCCUGGAGAAAUGGGAAGAAAUAAUGACUGAGAGGCAAUGACAAGCAGGAGCCUAGAGGUGUAACACACAUUAAACAGCCAAAGGCAAAUUGAAGCAAUGAGCGUUAUUUUCGUAAGGUUCAUCUUGAGGACAGUCAUCACGUUGAUAAAAAUGUGAGAAAUUUGGAGAAAUUUGACGCUCUUUAAAUCUUGGUCCAUCCUUCGGUCUCUGCCUGUGUCCAGGGAUCAUUUGUCUCCAGGCAUCUUGUCAAUGGCAGCCCAAAGAAGGUGCUUUGUAAAAGAAUUCAAUCCUUACAUCACCUGUUAUAUCUGCAAAGGAUAUCUUAUCAAGCCAACCACAGUCACAGAGUGCCUGCAUACAUUUUGCAAGAGUUGCAUAGUCCAACAUUUUGAAGAGAGCAACGAUUGUCCGAAAUGUGGAAUUCAAGUGCAUGAAACCAAUCCUAUAGAAAUGCUAAGGCCGGACAACACUCUGGAAGAAAUAAUAUUUAAGUUGGUGCCAGGUUUACGAGACGGAGAAAAGCAGCGAGAAUCUGAAUUCUGGAAGAGGAAACGCCCACGAGAAAAUGGUGAAGAUGGGCUUCCAAGUAAUAAAAGAUUUAAGGAUGAUGCAGAAGAAAAUGAUGAUGACAACAGAGACUACCACAGAAGCGACCCACAGAUCGCCAUCUGCCUUGACUGUCUACGUAAUAAUGGCCAGUCUGGCGAUAAUGCAGUUAAGGGUUUGAUGAAAAAAUUCAUCCGUUGUUCUACACGCAUAACAGUUGGGACUAUUAAAAAGUUUUUAAGUUUAAAAUUGAAGCUACCAAGUACAUAUGAGCUGGAUGUAUUAUGCAAUGGUGAAAUAAUGGGAAAGGACCACACAAUGGAGUUCAUAUAUAUGACAAGAUGGCGACUUAGGGGUGAAAAUUUUCAUUGUCAGAACAAUUCGACUUUGCUACAUAUGUCUCUCAGCGAAACUGCUCCUGAUGUUUCAGAGACAUCCACAACCUCGUACCCCAUGGUAUUGCAGUAUCGACCGAGAAUUGACUUUGGCUAAUUGCUCCAACACACAUUGAGAAGAAUCCUGCACUAUAUGUUUACUCAUCGACAGAUUGCACAAUGAAUGGAUGUGCCUAAGUACAUGGACUAUAAGGACCCCAUCUCUUACAGCAUGCAAAUAUGGAUGUGGUCUCUCUCUAACCUGCCAGUAGUUUAUUUGUAGCUCUUGUUACCAAGUGCCGGUCUGCUACAGAGCAUCUGACUGACUGAUAAGUAUGCUAUCAACAUGCGGCAAAACCUAGCCGUGGUGGAUGUGAUAGUAUAUGGACACAUUCUGCUGUAUUUCGGUUAGUGCCAUAGUUUAUUUUGCAGUAGCUGUACUUUUUAAUUCCUUGUGUUUUUUUUAAUUACUAAAUAUUUGCUAAACCUGUUCAUGGUUAGUAAAAUAAGGAAAACUGUAAAUUUCCCCCCUCAUAAUUGUAACUGACUGGGACCACCAACACUUUCACCAGAGUAAUUGCUCAGUUGUUAUCAGUAAUUGCUAUGAUUCUGAUGUCUAAAAGAACUUUAAAUAUUGUACUGACCUCCUGUUUAGCAGAACUCCUGCUUCCAAAUUGCCAGUUCCUUUCUCCGCAAUGCCAUAGCAGAAAGCCUGUGUCCUCUGACUCAGCACCCCCAACCCUCCCCUGCGCACAGGAUGUCAUGCAAGUGACAGGAGAGCUGCAGAGGAGCUGGAAGGUGACUUCUGUCCCACAGGGUGUAGAUACCAAGUCACCUGCAUAAAUGUAAACCGUAUUGUGAUGGAGGCGGGUACCGAUGCUGCCCCUGAGAACUCUAUACAAAGCUUCCCUACUUUCUGGGUAAAUUUAUGUCAAAAAGUCUACUGAGAUCUGUUGCAAUCCAUCCCGCUUAAAUAGGUAAAAUCAGUUGGUCGUAUGGAUGAUAUGUGUCCUAAAACAAAUAUUUAUAUAUACACUCAAUCAGAACACAAAUAGAUCAGAAUACAAUCAAUUAUAGAAGAAUAUAAAAAAUCCAGUACUGCUUCAGACAAGUAAAUAAUGAAAAAAUUAUUAGUCCUAUCUAACUCCUUUCUGUGGGAAACAGUUCAAUGGGUAAAUGGGGCAGUCCUCAACUACCUGUGCUGUGCUUAGCACUGGAAGAGGUACUCAAUGUUUGUGGCAGAAGACAUAACAGAACAAGCUGGACCAGCUGCUUACCAGCAAGCCAAAGAUGUCUUUAACCACUUAACUGAUAUACUUGUUUUUACCAAAACCGCUGAGAAAUUGUGGUUUAUUAAAUCAAAAAAGUUUUAAAAGUAUUUAAAAAAAGAUACUGAAAAAAAAUCAGUAAUAUUUCCUCUCAGACAACUAUCAACACCCACCCUCACCCCCAGUGUCAGUGGGACCCCAGUUUAGUACCCCCCUCCCCAUUUGUCACUCGCUAUAUGUGCAAUUGUUUAUUUUUAAUAUAUACCACCCCCCCCAUCCAAUAUUUUUAUGGGGCAGCAUACACCCUGUACACCCCCC